AUGGCAUCACGCCGCUCAAUACUGGUGGCCGAUUCUGCGAUGGAGGAGGAUGAUCCCAUCCCCACGUAUCGCAUCGACCUCUCCCUUCCCCCAUCCGAGCGUUACGUCAAGCUAGCCUCAGAUUUCGCGCCACGAAUGAAACCAAUCACGCCGUUAUUCGACACAGUACUCGAAUCAGUACUGCCGUGGUCAUUUCUACGCUCCAUUGUCAAGUUUGCGGCGUUGCUCAUUCUUCGGCGGGUGUAUUCGUCUGAAGAAACGCAGGAGUUGGUGGGCAUUUCGAAGGCCAGUGGAGUGGAUAUGCAUUUUCUAGUUGCUUUUAAUUUGCUGCUUGAUAUUUUGUUAGGAUGCACGAGCGGUGGUGUUUUGACCCGAAUAAAGAAGGGAAAGGGGGGAGAGACACAUCUGGGGGAGAAGCAGACUGAUACGGAGCCGAGGGCGAGGAUGAUGCAUUUUCGUACUCUGGACUGGGGGAUGCCUGAAUUGAGGAGUGUGCUUGUCGUUUUAGAGUUUGUGAGGUCAAAUUCAAAGGAGCCUGAGACGGUGAUUGUGAGGACGGUCACUUAUGCUGGUUUUGUCGGCGUGUUGACCGGCGUGAGGCAGGACCUUUCCAUGUCACUCAACUUCCGGCCAACUCACAACUGCUCUGCAGUAUCCCUUCGUAUGCACCAGAGCCUCGUGCUCCUCGGUGUCCAACCAUCGAUAUCAUCAGUCCUCCGCCAACACUUACUCCGCCCAGAACACCAUCCUCCAACCAUUGACAACGUAACCAAGUCCAUUACAAGAACCCGUUCCGCUCCUUGCUACAUAAUACUCUGCUCCGGAACAGAAACCACCGUAAUUCAAAAAGAUCUCAUCAGCGCGCAAACCAAGUCAUCCACCGACUUCAUCGUACAUACAAACCACGAUUUCACACCAACAAACUCAUCAAGUCAGGCGAACAUCCAAAAAGAGAGCAGUUCAAUCCUAGGUAUGGAAACCUUGGUCGAAGAAAGCGAAGAGCGAAAGGAUUGCAUUCUAAGCAAAUGGACCGCGCUGGCCAAGCGACAACAACGUGAAUUCAAGAGAGGAAAGGGAAGAGAAAGCCCGGCUGUUUUCGAACAGACGUUGCAGAAGUGGGUGAAGGCGUAUCCCAUUAUGAAUGAAUGUACGCAUUUUGGGUGUAUUUUGGAUCCGGGCACCGGGACUAUUCGGUGGUUGGAAAGAGGCGUUGAGGAUCUCGAGGACAGCGAAAUUGUAGAGGAAUUGAUGUAA